UCCCUCCAGCCGGUAUGCUGCCCAACAGGUUUGGGAUGUGACGUUUCUCUGGGAAAACAACACAACCCUCAGUGGUCAGACGGUUUCAACACAACACACAGGAGGAAGUUAAGUGUGUUUGAGUAAUGUUGGGGCCUCCGUGUUUCUGAGAAUCUAAGAGAAUAAGUUCUGUUUCCCCUGGAGACGCUUUGACAGACCAGCAAACUGCAGCCACCAGUUUCUGCUUCCAUGGCAGCCGUGUCAGCCGUGUGGAUUCCCAUGCUGGCCUUGCUGCAGCUGACCCAGUGCUCCGUCCUCCACAGACUUGGUCCAGGAGAGCCAGUGUUAGUGGACGGGCAGUCAGCCAGCUCCUUCCUGUCCCGCUCGCUGCUCUACAACAGCUGGGACCUUGAGUUGGUGGUGCCUGGCGACCUGGAGCGGGAGUGUGUGGAGGAGAAGUGCAGCUACGAGGAGGCCAGAGAGGUGUUCGAGGAUGACGCCAAGACGGAAGCAUUUUGGAGCACCUAUACCAACAAUCAAGAGUCCAUACACGGACUGGAUGUCACCGGACUGGUUGCGGGGCUCCUGGCUGCCGUGGUGACCUGUGUUAUUGUCGCUGUGUUGGGGGUCUACUGCUACAAAGCCAAGAACAAAGGUGGACCCAGGCGAGCCCGGGCUCCGGUGAGGAUGGCAGCAGACGGGCUUCCAGCCCCGGAGAGCGUGCCCUUGGCUGGGAUCAUCGCCCCCCCCCUGCCCAGCUACAACGAGGCUCUGAACCGCUCCGGGCAGCACGAUCUCCCCCCGCCUCCUUAUUCAGGGGGUGCUCCAUCAGAAGCCGCUGUUCCCGCAGACAACCAAUGAGAGGCUGCAGGGCCUCUCUGUUCUGGUGAUGGUUUAAAUGAACUUUGGAAUAUUGCAUGUUUUUUUGAUAUACUGUAUUUAUUAGUGAAGUUAUGACACAAUCUUAGAAUGGACCCCGCUGACAGUAGAAUCUGCAUGUUGGCACAUGAUGAUGAUCUCCAGUUCAUUUCUCUGGUUGCUCUGUAGCCUACUGUUGUGUUUGCAAGGCAGCAGCAAAAUAAUUCAUUUAUAGAGAAUAUGUGUUCUUCAU